AUGAUGUGGCUGGUUUUAACAACAACCUGUUGUUUGAUCUGUGGAACUUUAAGUGCUGGUAGAUUCUUUAAUUUGGAAGAAGAAGCGAAUCCUGAAGUGUGGAUGAAUAUUAGUGAGAUCAUCACCUAUAAUGGCUACCCCAGUGAAGAGUAUGAAGUCAUCACUCAGGAUGGGUACAUCCUCAGUGUCAACAGAAUUCCUCAUGGACGAAAAGAUGCCAGGAGCCCAGGGCCCCGGCCAGUCGUAUAUAUGCAACAUGCCUUAUUUGCAGACAAUGCCUCUUGGCUGGAGAAUUUUGCCAAUGGCAGCCUUGGAUUCCUUCUAGCAGAUGCAGGUUAUGAUGUCUGGAUGGGAAACAGCCGGGGGAACACUUGGUCAAGAAGACACACAACACUCUCAGUGACUGAAGAAAAAUUCUGGGCCUUUAGUUUCGAUGAAAUGGCCAAAUACGACCUCCCGGGAAUAAUAGACUUCAUUGUAAAUAAAACUGGUCAGGAGAAGCUGUAUUUCAUUGGGCAUUCACUUGGCACUACAAUAGGGUUUGUAGCCUUUGCCACCAUGCCCGAACUGGCACAGAGAAUCAAAAUGAAUUUUGCCUUGGGUCCUGUGGUCUCAUUCAAAUAUCCCACGGGCAUUUUUACCAGUUUUUUUCUACUUCCAAAUUCCGUAAUCAAGGGUAUUUUUGGUACCAAAGGUAUAUUUUUAAAGACGGGAAGGGAACGUUCCCUCAAACUCUGCAACAAUAAAAUAUUAUGGGUGAUAUGUAGUGAACUCAUGUCCUUAUGGGCUGGAUCCAACAAGAAAAAUAUGAAUACGAGUCGAAUGGAUGUGUAUAUGUCACAUGCUCCCACUGGAUCAUCAAUGCAGAACAUCCUGCAUAUAAAACAGCUUUACAGAUCUGAUGAAUUCAGAGCUUAUGAUUGGGGAAGCGAAGCUGAGAACAUGCAUCACUAUAAUCAGAGCCGUCCCCCGCUCUAUGACUUGACCACCAUGAAGGUGCCUACUGCUAUGUGGGCUGGUGGCCAUGAUGUCCUUGUGACGCUCCAGGAUGUGGCCAGGGUAAUCCCCCAAAUUGGGAAUCUCCAGUACUUCGACCUCUUGCCUGACUGGAAUCACUUCGAUUUCAUCUGGGGCAUGGACGCUCCUCAGCGGAUGUAUAGUAAAAUCAUAGCCUUGAUGAAGUCAUACUCCUAA